UAAAUCGAGCCGGAUGUACGAGAGCGGAUUGUUGAUCCAAUCCGUUUAAACAAGCGUGUAUCACACAAAACGUCGUCUCUUGUUUUGAAUCGCAUGCUUUGUGCAACAUGCUGAUAAAAGUGAAGACUCUCACCGGGAAAGAAAUAGAGAUCGACAUAGAGCCUACAGACAAGGUGGAGCGAAUCAAAGAAAGGGUAGAAGAGAAGGAAGGAAUCCCACCUCAGCAACAAAGGCUAAUAUAUAGUGGAAAACAGAUGAACGAUGAAAAGACAGCGGCAGACUACAAGAUUCAGGGUGGUUCAGUGCUGCAUCUUGUCCUGGCACUAAGAGGAGGGCUGUUCCUCCACAGUCCCAGCACAUGCCUAACCUCCUAGUCACCGAUGUCAUGAUCUUUCAGCCAGUCUCGUUAACUCUUUUGGGGUGUCUGUCAGUGUCCCACUGUGUUACUGCACCAAGAUCUGAAAUACUAUGCUCUUAAGCCAAGAAAUCAGUACACACCAACAGAAAGACUAUAUUUUUUUAAACCCCAUUUAUGCUUUUUGGUAUCACCAGUAGAACUGGGCUCAAUACAAGAGAGCAAGUUUAAGAACUCUGAUGAUUUUACUUGUGAAUAAAUGGUGAAGCUGACAAA